GGAGGGAAGCCUCCCCUUCAACCAUUUGGUGCUCUUGUUAUCACUACGGCUAAUCAGCAGUAGGCUGCAGGCAGGUGGUUAUCACUAUUUGCAUUUUGUCUGUGAAAUGUAGACAAUAUCACUUGCCAGCGUUGCUGGACCAUUAAAUGAGCUAAUGCUUGGCUGUGUCUGGCACCCGGAAGCAUUGUCUCUCUCUGUCCUAUUCCUCAUAGUUUGGGUAGAGCCUCCUUUCUGGAAGUGGGGUAGGGCAGGGGGUUAGCUGUAGAAGAGCUGUGACUGAGGGAGAGGACGCAGCUCUCCCGGCGGACUCAGCGGCUGGGCCGGACUCACCCUUCACCCGGAAAGGCUGAGCGGAGAACACAACUGCGACUGCGCAGGGCAGGACCGGCGUGGGUGUGCGUGGGGGUGGGGUGAGUGCAGUCACCGAGGGGGCUGGCAGCUGUGCGGGUCCUGGGCCCACACAAUCGGAGGAAGGAAUUCAGGAAGUGCUCACAGCUCGUCAGACAUCUCGGAGCCUUGUCGGAAGCAGGACAAAGGCUGUAGCACCCAGGGAUGAGUGUGCCGUGGGGUGGCCCGUGGGGUGGCCCCCGGGUCAGAAGGCCAUGGCACCGCGGACAGCCAGCGCUGUCACUCGGGGAAGCCCGGGCCCCUCCAAGUCCGGGGAGUCUUGAGCUCACAUCUUUCAGGAUAGGUCUUCUUCCAGGAGCUGCCACUGGAGUUGACCGCGGCACUUGGGAUCCUGGCCAGAAGCUUAGAGAACAGUAACAGAGACCAACUGAGGUCUGACUGGUGCAAUGCGGAUCACCCAACGGCCUAGUGGGGCCGUGUUGCAGGGCCUCAGACCAGCAUCUGCCUAGAAGCCCACAAGGAGCGCGGCUGGAAGAGUGGGGUGCCUGCUACCACCCAGAACCCCCUGGUGCGUAUGGGGAGCUAAGACUCUAAGACACACCCCUGGUUGCUCAGCCGGUCAGCUGCUGUGCCGGGCCAUGGAAACAGCAGUGAUUGGAGUGGUGGCGGUGCUGUUUGUGGUCACCGUAGCCAUCACCUGCCUCCUGUGCUGUUUUAGCUGUGACUCAAGGGCCCAGGAUCCUCAGGGGGGCCCUGGCCACAGUUUCACGGUGGCCACGUUUCGCCAGGAGGCUUCUCUCUUCACAGGCCUGGGUCGCCAUACCCAGCCUGCGGCAGUGGUGGGUGCCCGGGACUUCUGGACCUUCAUGUGAGGCCUCUCGGUUCCUAGGAUUUGUUCUGCUGAUGGGUCAGACCCACUCACCCACCAGCAAGCCUUCCUGCUGUUCCACUACUUCAAGUCUGGCCUUCCUGGCCUUCCCUGCCUGUUGUAUUCGGCAAACUCCCAGUGCCAUCCCAUCCCAGCUUGCUGUGCCCGCCAGCCUGGUAGAUCUGCAGGGCCAGGACCAGGUGGAAUUCAGCUCCGACCCCUGAUAACUCAGAUGGACCCUGCCCACAGGAUGGGGCCUAGGGGAGUCCUGAAGAGUGAGUGACUGGGUCAGAUUGCACGGGGGCCAGCUCUACAGACUAACGGCGGUAUGACUGGAGUUUAUCAGGAACAGAGGGCUAGUUCACUCAGGUUACCCCAGGAUGCCGGUGAAACCGGUUCUGUUGCCACCAGAAGAAAGAGUGCCCUCGAGUGGACAUUUUUACAUUUUUAUAUGCUCUGCUGAGGGAGUCGUUUGGUUCCUUGCCAGGGCACAACGCACAGAACUCAGCCCUGAGACCUGUCCCCUGCCGAUUGUCUGAAAUUAGACCUGCAGUUCUGCAACCAAAAGACUGCUUCCUUGGGAACGAAGAAUUUAUUUUAUUAUUGAAAAUGUAUAUCCUUAUAUAGGUUUCUCAAGAACCAGUGUUGAAAACUACAAAAUGAAACAGAAGAGAAAAAAACAUGGUCACAGAAAGUACAAGCUGUUUGAUUAACAGGAAAGCCAGAAAGAAAACUUUGAAACAUAUUUUGAAUGAGACUAUAUUACUUCUUAUAGGUCACUUGUGCUCUUAGAGAAUGUGAAUGACUUGCAUCAUUAGGAAUGAUAGAAAAAUCAUGAACUGAAAGAUAAUCCCAAAUAAGUUAAAAUCUUAUGUUACAUCAAAAGAGCCUGUAACAAAGCUCUUGUUUUCAUCACAAAUAAAGAGAUGUUCAGUUUUUAUUAAC